AUGCUCUGGAAAUACGUAUACAAUGCGCUCCCGUUUGAGACACCAGCUGAUGCGCAGGACAUUCAGAAGGUUCUUGAUUUAAUGGAAGAGAAUUUUAUAGGAGAAAAGAAUACGAUAUACAAGCGCUACAAUUUCCAGAAGAGGCAGCAAGAGGACAACGAGACGAUUGAUCAGUAUGUUACUGCUUUGAGAACUCUUGCUCGCACAUGCUCGUUUGGAACAGAUGCCGAUGAACGUUUGAGAGAUCAGAUCGUGUACGGAGUGAAACUGAAUGUUCUACGGAAGAAACUAUUACAGAAGAUUGGUUUGACACUAGCUGAAUGCCUAGACAUGUGUAGAGCCUACGAGGCCACCACACAGCAGAUGAAAGUGGUGACAGGAGAAGAGUUGGUACAUUCGGUGAGUAUACGGCGAACAAAGCCUGAUUACUCGAGGAAGUUGUCAGACAAGGAACGUAAAAACACAAAACGCUCUCACGGGUCAGAGUCAGAACACCCCGAGCUAGAGUGUCAAUAUCGUGGUUUGAAACAUGAACGAGGUGCAGACAAGUGUCCUGCAUACGGCAAAGAAUGCACGUAUUGCCACAAGAGAAAUCAUUUUGCUCGGAAGUGUAGAUCAAAGCGACAGAGAGACACACGACAGCGAAUACAUGUAGCUACCAACAGAGAUGAAAGCGCAGAAGAUGAUAAAUACUGGUUCUUACGCUGA